GGGGAAUUCAGAUCAAACUCGUCAGAAUAUCAGAUCAUCGCCCUCGCAGGAUACCAUUCGUGGCCUACUCCCCAAUUUGAAAACCCAAGUCUCAUCAUUCAGACAAUUCGCCAUGUCCAACGAUUCCCAACAAGAUCAGCGAAGCGGAGCGAUCGAGGAAGAUGCCAUCGUCGUCGUCUUUGGAGCUUCGGGGGAUCUCGCCAAGAAAUCGACCUUCCCCGCGCUGUACGCGUUGCUCGUCGAGGGUUUACUUCCUGCCAAUACCAGGAUCUUAGGAUAUGCUCGCUCAAAAAUGUCGGACGAGAAGUUCGACGAACAGUUGUUCUGGAAGAUCCGGGACGAUGAAAAGGAAGGACACAUCAAGGCGAACGAUGCCAAGAAGGAAGAAUUCAAAAAGAUCUGCAAGUACGUGCAAGGCCCGUACGACAAGGAUGAGGGGUUCCAAGGGCUGGAAAAAGAAAUGCGGAGGAUAGAGAACGAGGAGUUUGACGGAAAACGAGCCAACCGGGUAUUCUACCUAGCCUUGCCUCCCUCGUCGUUCGCCCAGGUCUCCCACAUGAUCAAGAAGAACAAUUAUUGGAGCGGCAAGAUCAACCGACUAGUCAUCGAGAAACCAUUCGGAAAGGAUACAGAGGAUUGUAGGGCGAUGAUGAAUAGCAUCGCUGAGGAUUGGAAGGAAGAUGAGAUCUACCGGAUCGAUCAUUAUUUGGGCGAAGAGAUGAUUAGGGCAAUUUACCAUUUGAGGUUCGCCAAUCGAUUCAUCGAGCCUCUGCUCAAUCGGGAACAUGUCGAGAGCAUCUCGGUUGUCAUGAAGGAAAAGUUUGGAGCCGAGGGUCGAGGAGGGUAUUUCGACGAGUUCGGGAUGAUUCGGGAUGUCGGACAGAACCACCUCUUGCAAGCUAUCUCAAUCUUGACAAUGGAUCCUCCUGAUUCGAUGGACAACGAUUCUAUGCGUGACAACAAGGUUGACGUGCUCAAAAGCAUCCCACCGAUCGAGAAUUCUGACCUGGUGCUCGGCCAAUACGCUGAAGGAAAUGGCAAGAAGAGCUAUGUAGAUGACGAGACCGUUCCAGACAACAGCAAGACGGCGACGUUUGCGCAGUGGGCAAUGAAGAUCGAUAACGAGAGGUGGAAGGGUGUGCCCGUGUUGGUCAAAUGCGGAAAAGCGUUGGACGAGGGCAUCAUGACCAUGACUUUCAACUUCAAAGCCCCCAAGCACAACGUAUUCAAUGUCUCUGCCCCGAGCGCGCUUGUCGUUAGGCUCAACCCGGAACCCGCCAUUUACUUCAAGACCAACCUUUUGAAACCAUUGAGCAAGGGGUCCGAGUCAAUCUCGGACGAGAUGAAAUAUACCGUACCAGGACGGAAAGUGGCUGGGGACAAGCUCGCGUACGAGGUUGUGAUAGGAAACGUCUUCAAGGGGGAUCAAUCCGGCUUUGUGAGAGAGGACGAAGUCAUCGCGUCGUGGGAGAUUUUCACCCCGUUGUUGCGAUACAUCGAAGGACCCAAUGGACCUACCCCUAUCAAGUAUGCUUACGGGAGCCAUGGGCCGGAAGAGCAGUUCGAGUUUGAAAAGCGGUUCAACUUGCCCGUAGACCAGUAAAAACUAAGCGAACCUGAGAAUGAUUAAUACAAGAAUGGCCAGAGGGGAAACGAUUGAGGGAAACGGUUGUCAAUAGAGUCAUGGAU